GUUGCUUCGUGUGAUUGGUUGGAGGGGGAGGGAGUUCGUCCUUCCGGUGCGCGGUGGAUUGUGGUUGUGGGUGUCCGCGUGAGGGAGUGCGCCCGGGUGUGAAGGGGAGACGGAGACUGUUAGAGGGUCGUUAAUGAUGUCCAAGUCUUCACCAGCAUCGAAAAUGUCAUCCCAAGAGGAAAUACUGAGCGAUGGGCGGUUUAGCUGUGUUACUAGGGAUCCCAGAUUUUGGGAGAUGCCUGAAAAAAAAUGUAAAAUCAAGAUUGACAAGCGGUUCCGAGCUAUGUUUCAUGACAAGAAGUUUAAGCUGAAAUAUACAGUGGAUAAAAGAGGUCGCCCUGUUAACUUCAAUUCCACAGAGAACCUCAGGAAAUUUUACGCCCUGUCAGAGUCUGACUCUGAUCAUUCAGAAGAUGAUAGUAAAGAACGUACUGAAAAGAAAAAAAAGGAAAAAAAAGCUAAACCUAAAGGAGAAGCAGAUUCUGCAAAACUACUUGCCCAUGGUGUCCCUAGGAAGGAGAGCAAAACCAGUAAACAAGGGGUGGACCAAACACAUGAAGCAGUGGCAAAACUAGGUGACCUGCAAAACGAAGGACAAAAAACUACAUCUAAAUCAAACUUGAAAGAGAACUCUAAGAAAACUGCAACAGAAAUUGAUUGCUCUCGGGGAAACCAGGGCCUCUUACCCAAAGGGGAAAGCAAGCAAAGAGAUGUGUCAGGAGGAAGAUCAAGUUCAGUUCAAAACAAGCAAAAGUCUUCACAACCAAGUGGUGCUAAGUCAGUUAAAGCUUCCAGGAGGGACCAUUCCCUAGGAGGAAAAAUAAAAGAAUCAGUGACUGUAUGUACAGACUGUCGUGAUCCACGUGACAUCAGUAAAAGCCAAUUAGAGGAAGAAAUUUCUGCAAGUGAUGAUUUUGAGUGUGCAGAAUCAGAAGAGGAGCCAGAAGUUGACAGGGAAACAAGCCAGGAUGAGAAGCCAGAAGAUGAUGGGGAAACAAGCAAAGAAGAUAGUGAUUCAGAAGAUGAAGUCAGUGAUAGUGGGCCUGAUCUAGCUAGAGGCAUAGGGAACAUUGAAACGAGCUCAGAUGAUGACGAGGAUUUAAAUGAAGUAUUUCCAAAGGAGCCAGAGAUAGAGCAUUCAUGGCGUGAGCUAGAUAAAGAUGCCCCUCGUGCAGAUGAGAUUACAAGUAGAUUGGCAGUUUGUAAUACGGACUGGGAUAGGUUGAAGGCUAAGGAUUUGCUGGCUCUAUUUAAUUCUUUCACACCCAAAGGAGGAACGAUAUUUUCUGUUAAGAUUUAUCCUUCAGAGUUUGGAAAAGAGAGACUAAAAGAGGAAGAACAAAAAGGACCUGUAGAACUAUUUGACCUUCCAGAGAAUACCACAGAGAACGACGGGCUUUAUAGGGAAAAACUGCGGGAGUAUCAAUUCAAGCGACUGAAAUACUUCUAUGCAGUUGUAGAAUGUGAUUCUCCUGAAACAGCCAAUAAAAUUUAUGAGGAAUGCGAUGGACUAGAAUUUGAAAGUAGCUGUUCUUUUAUAGACCUGAGAAAAAAAGCCUUAUCGUCUGAGCAGAAGUUACUAAAUCAUAAUAAAUUUUGGCAGAAGUUGGUCUUGUCUGCUGGGGCCUGUGUUAUGGGCACUCUUGGGAGUCAGUGUUUCAUCCUUAAAAAGUGGCAUCUGUACACUGCACAGUCUAAUGUCUGGAGAGGAGACCUUUCUGAGGAACAGCAAGAGUGUUGGGAACUAGGCCUCAAAGAAACUGCUGAAGAAAUGGUCAAAAACAGGUUGGAAGGAAAGGAUAGCCUAACCCCAUGGCAAAAGUAUCUAGAGAAGAAGAAAGAAAAAAGAAUUCUUAAAAAAAAGAGAAAGGCUACUGCCGAGAGAGAACUGAGUGAGGAUGAACUUCCAUCUGAUGUUGAUCUCAACGACCCAUAUUUUGCUGAAGAAUUUGAGAAAACAGAUUUAAAGAAGCAGCCAGAAUUGGUUGAAAGUACCUCAGAAGACGAGGUUGAAAAACAGAAGGCUGAAAUGGCCCUACUUAUGACAGAUGAUGAGGAUGAUGCCAGAAAACAUUUUAAUUAUAAAAAGAUAGUAGAACAACAGAAUUUGAGCAAGAAGAAAAAGAAACUUUUAAUGAAAAAGAAGGAAUUACUGGAAGAUGACUUCCAGGUAAAUGUUGCCGACAGAAGAUUCCAAGCCAUGUUUACUUCUCCCUUGUUUAAUUUGGAUCCUUCAGAUCCAAAUUUCAAGAAGACAAAAGCAGUAGAAAAGAUCUUGGAAGAGAAAGCUCGCCGAAGAGAACAAAAGGAGCAAGAGCUUACAGAGGCAAGCAAGGGACAGGAGAGCAAGGCAGCAAAGAAAAGAGAUGUUCCUAAGAAAGCCAUAGAUCCUGCCUUGUCAAUGCUAAUAAAAUCUGUCAAAAGUAAAACCGAAGAGUUUCAGGCAAGGAAGAAGCAGAAGAUGAAAUAACCGAACUUUUACUCAGACUUUACUUUAGUCCCAGUUCUCCUAACAUGGUGACAUCUAUUAAAGUUACUACAGCUUGCUCUGAUUCCUAUCCACCUAAAAGUCACUUAAUUAUAAUGGUGAGUUUUGAAGCAACUAGACUUAUAAUCACUCUUUCCUUCUGUAACAAAAAAAAUACUGUUUUGUCCUAUUAUUGAAGAACUACACCUUGAAAACAUGUAAGGAAUCAGUGGUUUUGGGGCCGUUUGAUUUGUAUCAUGCCAGCUGUUACAGAUAAUAGAAGUGGUAAAGAUGGCUACAAAAAGUAGUUGCAAUUAUGAUUGUAUUUAUAAAUAAGAAAAACACUUCUGCAGAGGUUUAGAGCUGAGACUAAGCAGCCUUAAUGUCUUCAGUUCCACGGAAGUCUGUAAAACCUAUCUCUGUUGCUAAAGAAGGGAGCAAUAUAACUAAAAAUUGAGAUUUUGCGUACAGGUGUUUUGUAUAUUUUUAUAAGAGUUCAUGUAUGCUUCAUUAAUUUCUCCUUCAAAUACUUGAAGACUUCCUGGAUAAUUUUUAGAUCUAACAAAAAAUUUGCCAUUUAGAAGUGUUUCAUUAAUAUAUACUGGAAACAAAUGGUUUAAAUUGGCCCAAAGGAGUUUUGGGCACUUUGCUGCAUUUUGUUUUUCUGUGCCUCAGUGAAAUUAUGUUAAAAUGAAACUUUCUCCUAUUACUGUUGUGUUCCCAUUAGUACAGUUCCACUUACACAAAGUCUUCCGGCAUUGCAAAUUUUUUUUUUAAAAAGAUAUUAUUAGAAACCCUGUUGGUUGGCCAUGUUAGCAUUAGUGUCAGUGAUGAUGGUACCAACAGUGGAGGGAAAAUACAGUGGGUAGAAAAUGAUACUUCUUCCCUGCAGCAUGGGAACUGAUUUGUCGAAGUUCUGUUUUGUUUUGGGUUGUUUGGGUUUUUUAGGGUUUGGUUUCUGUUUUUUUUUUUGUUGGUUGGUUGGUUUUUUUUUGAAGUGUUUGCUGUAUUAGCUGUAAUGGAAAUACAUUAUAUCAAAAAAGAACGAAAAUGUUAGGAACAAGAACUGAAAGGCGAUUUGUAAUUGUAAAGAAGUAUUGUUCAUUUCUAAGCGGUUAGAAACUAGAUAACCGAACUAGUGUUUAUAGGAAAGAAAUAUAUGUGACUACGUGAAGGAGAUGACCGAGUGAGAUUUAGCUCAUGAGAGGCUGUUCAAGUAGCUAACACAAAAAGCUGAGAUAUCACAGUGUCUUUCAUACAUAACUUUGUUCCAGCUGCUGGGCAUUUUAGCCUUUUAAGCAAUAUGGCACGAUCCAUCAAACCCAUUUCACAGUUAGAACUGACCAGCUGCGAUGGCGAACAAGGAAAACUUAUCCCACAGGAAGUGGCAGGAAGCUUCUGAACAUGGGUGUACAGUGGGGAACAACACAGUGAUAUUCAGCAACAUACAAACUCACAAAGAAAGAGAGGAAAGAACGAUGCUUUGGGAAACAGCAUUUCCACCAGGGGAAGUGUGCCUGCAUCAAACAGGAGAGACGAUGGUAGCUACGUAUGAAAAUGUUAAGCAUCAUACAAAAGCGAUGCAAGUGUACAUAUAUGCUUCUGAUAGGGAUGGUGGGUAAGGUGACGAGCUUCUCCCAUAAUGAAAGGUCAUAAAUUCUAUAAUAAAAUUUGCAGCAUGGAAAAUGUAGUUGUCUUUAACGCUGUUUCUGAAGACUGGCACAUACAAUACAAUUUCCAGGCACACAGCAGUGACGCCAAUCUGAAAGGGUAAAAUUUAGGCAUACCAUGUACUGGUACAGAUUUUUCUUAAGUGUGGUUCAUUGUAUGGGUUACAUAUUGUAGGCAUAUGAAAUGCAGUAGGGGCAGUAGCUGGAAUUGAAUGAGAUUUAGAGAUUGGCUAUGCUAGAGUAACCGGUGAUGGAAGGGCAAGUGUUUGUGUGUAAAGCAUGUGGAAAAUUGGACAACUGAGAACAAAAGCAAAAUGAACAGAAACAGAAGUCAAACGAAGGCUCCACCAAACCCAACAGCUGGUUUCUAACAUGGACCGGUAACGGGCGAUACUAAACGCGCACUUAAAAUAUUACACCUUCUCAAUAGGGAAGCUGUAAGUUCAAAAUUGUUUUAACUGCUUCUGUCAAAAAUACAGCUUGGGUAGAACUAAUUGUUGUAGGUACUUACUUUGUAACAGCACCCUUUUAUAGCUGUAGGGACAAGCGUGUUUUGUUCUGCUUUGGUGCACUUACAAAUUCUGUUUUAAUUUCGGGUCCACAGACAGAUAGUCUCCCAUGACUUCACUAAAUAAUUUGUAUGGGAAAGCAAAUCUGCUGGGGGAUAAAGGUAAGAAACCACUGUCCCUUGAAUCCUCUGACCCUGCCCAUUUCUACAAAAUACGUUUUGACACAUUUGACAUGCGUACCCUUACAAAGGAGUGCUCCUUGUUUGGGCACUAGCAGUAGGUAUCACCUGCUGUAUUUGACUUCCUGGCAGUAGUUGAGUAGAGUCACUUAAAUUAGAAGUGCUUUGCUUUUUGGCUCAGUGCUUUUAUAACCUUACUGGAAGACAAUGUGUGGCAUCAGUGAAUCUCUGCUCAUCCGGGACGCCCAGAUAUGCUGAAUGACUCACUGGUACAAAGCUCUCCAACAGAACUUCUGUACUUCUGCAGUGCACCUAUCCUUUACAGUAACUUUGCUGGAGAGCUAAUCUGAAAAAAACAAAGUUUUAAAAACAAAAAAAAAAUCCCCAAACAGCGAUGACUUCUUAAUGAAAUUAGAUGGUGUAAGUUAUGUUGUGCCUUUUCUUCACGUGUACCGGCUACCUUCUUCAGUGGCAGCAUCUGAGUGUACUCGGACAUGUCCACUCAAGAAACCCAGCCUGUACUUGGAAGUCACAGCAAGGCAAAAUGCAUAAAACCAAAAGGGCAGACUUUCACAUAGGUUUUAACUACUGGUUAAAAACAUAUUUUCCCGUGUGGUGAUGUGUACUUGAUCUAGUGUCAAUGCUUAACAUAUGAUAAUUCUAUCUAGUUGGACGUUAAGAAUUUUUUCUGUUGUUCACGAGUUGCUGAGUCCUGAGGGGGCAUCUUGGUUGGGAAGAACUGUAAGAUCUGUUCCAGUACGCAUCUUAGAUGGGAGUUUUGGGUCUGUUUAUAAAACCUUCAGGUGUAAAUCCACUUUUUUUUUUUUUUUACCUCUUUCUUAAAAAUCAAGUUAGUAACUACUAAGUGUUACUGGCUCAAAGCCCAUCAUCUAAUCCCCAGAUUUCUAAAAUAAUGCCAAAAAAAUCUGGGGUUAUUUUUUCUGUGUUUGGCAGAGCGUAUCUCAGAAGUCUGGUAAGAAGUGGUCAUGGCUCAUCUAGAAUUCUUUGCAAUUCAUUACCCAUGGUGUAAACAAAACAAAGCGUGUUUUUGAGUAUCUCAUCCUCUUAAACAUGAAAAUAAGAUCCAGAACUUUUAACCUCUGAACUUUGAAAUGUGGUUUAUUUUUCCCUUUCACUAGGUGUCAUGUAACCAGCAGAAGUGACAACAAUUAAUUAAAUAGCACAUUAAAGAACAGGA